AUGCCGGACCGCUUGAUCCACAAUCGCGUGUUUAAAGUAUCGAAGGAGCUGAAUCGACUGGACUUGCUAUGUGAGCAGCACCGCCGCCAGAUCGGUCAUCGCAAGGGUCUUCCGGACUGGGAGAGACCCAAUACACCUGCUGGGAAGGCCAGUGGUCGUCGCGGGAGGACGCCGGCCUUUUUCGCCUGGAACGAAGAGUCCGAGCACACACCACGGCCGGCAUGGCAACCAGAGACUCCGCAGAAGGUGGCGAGGACGCUGCACUUGACCCCGACGAGAGAUCGCGAACGGGACGAAGACAUGCAACCUGCUCCGGAGAGAUCGCCAUACGAAAGUGUGGGUGGGGGCAAUCUGGAAACGACCACAGCACUGCCAUCGGAGCAGGUUGAACAUGAGGGCGUGGACGAGACCUCGGCAAUUGAGGUCGACAGCGACGACAGGUCCGUGGAGGAGGAUCGGCCGGUGGUGGCAGAAAGAAGUAUCGCAGUUAGUCCGCUUCGAGAAGAUAUCCUGGACCGGCUUCAUCCUCCUGCUGCAGCUACAGUAUCAUCGCGAAACCCCACACCACUAUCGACUGUGGAGGCUGCUUCUUCGCCAUAUCACCCACCUUUGAGUCCUCGUUACAGACAUGGUCGGCGACUUGAAGCAAGUGAUGCGGCCGUUCCAACACCUCGCGCUCAACAAUAUGCUGCCGGAGUCACGACGGAGCAGGCGGAUCGCUUUAGAAUGAGCAGAACGAGUGGGAAAAGGUUCCGGUCUCCAGCCAAGCGUACAACUCUGUGGGGUGAUCUGUGCGAUACCUACAUUCAUCAAAGCGGUGCCAGCAGCAACCAAAACAACUCAAGGUUUGCACACAAGCGCGCGACCCCAUCUGCUGCUGAGCGAGCAUUUGGCGGUUCCUCAGUGUUUCGUACACUCAAUAUGAACGCGUCCGCGUGGCCUACAUCUGAUUCUGCAGGAGGUCAGCGCCGGCCUGUUGUGACUGGCUCCGACGCGAUGAACGUUGCGAAUCAUGCAGUGCGAGCGUUUCUUGCAGGAUGUGACGAUGAAACUAAGCAAUCUGAGCCGCCAAUGCAGUCUCAUCUACGCGGCGGAGAGAGUGAGUGGGUGACUGGAGCCGUCGAAACCUCAGAUCAACUUCCUAGCGUAUCAGCGACUGGGAGCAGGACCGGCAACAACCGCAAGAGCAAAAGAGUUUCGUUUGGAGGCCAAAACACUCGUCCGCAGCCUCGCACGCUCCCUGUACUUGCCGACAAAACCACGCAGACGGAGGAUUCACUACUGCCAGCUCGUUAUAACGUCAGAACCCUCCCGCGUGACACACAAACAGGAGACUAUCCUGCCUCUGUGCGCUGCGCUGCGUGCGAUUCUGCAGCUGACGAAUCUGGACGUCCUCGAAAGAUACCCAGGGGCUCUGCCAGUUCCAUUGCAGAAAGUCCAGCGCAACAGCAUCGCCACAGGCAGCAGCUUGCCAGAAUCUACCCCAAGUACGUGCGUCUACGACAAGGAAGCGACAUUCGCUACCGUCUGAAGUUCACGCGACCCCCCUUGAAGGGCAAAGCCGUCACAAUUCACGUCCGCGUCAUCAUGAACAAGAUCGGCAUCACUGCGUCUCCACCAAGUCUCGUAGUAACAUCCAAGGACUGGCGGCAAACUCGAGAGAUCACAGUCACCAGCUCAGAAGAUUCGGAGCUGCGCACGUUUCAGAUUCAUCACAAAAUCCACGAGACGUACGACGACGUCUACAGUUCAGCUGCAAUGCUACCGUCAUUAUUCGUGUCUGUACUACAGAAAGAAGCCACUUUCCUCUUCGGUUUUGGCUGUACCGUCGACGGUCGCCUGGGCACGGACGGAGGCACGAACAUGACGACGCCAACGCCGUUUGCGUGUCGAUGGCUACAUCCGCUGCAACUUUCCUGUGGUAAAGCUCACUCGGCCAUUAUCGACGUGUGCUCCAAUUUGUACUGCUUCGGACUCGGGGCAAGUGGACAACUUGGACAGGGUGAAGACAGUCUAGAGUCGUCGCAAGAACCAUUACGUGUCCCUCAUCUUGCUUCCACAUGUGUGCAAUACGUGGCAUGCGGCAGUAACCACACACUUUGUCUAAGUGUAGAUGGCCGUGUCUUCAGUUGGGGGGACAACAGCUGUGGACAAAUAGGAAUGGGUUGUAAGACUACACAGAUAGUAAGCACUCCGUAUCGGGUAGACAAGAUCGUCAGUCUCCGCGGGAUUGUUUGUGGAGGCAAUCAGUCGUUCAUUUUGACCAAGACGAACGUGUUAGCGUGCGGUAGCAACGUCGCAGGGCAGCUUGGUAUGGGCGAUCGCAUUGAUCGAACCAGCUUUGAGCACAUCCCGUUCUUCCGUAAGGUCUGGGAAAAACUCGAUCUCGAAGCGUCCCCACUCGCAGAUGGCACGUUGUACGCGUGGGGCUUUGGUGAAGAAGGCCAGUUAGGACUUCCAGACGAGGAUCUAGAGCCUACACGUCGAGUGGCUCUACUCCCAGUACCGGUCCAUGCACUCUCAGGUACUGGCGCUACGAUGGUGUCAUGUGGAGGUUCACACACGGCAACCAGCCUCGUCCGAAACUCGAGUAUAUUGCAGGACGUAGAUGCAGCAGUGCUCGUCGAGCAGAACCCUGUUCUCAGCCUGUACCCGCUGCUGUAG